UUCCCCCCCUCCACCCACCCCCACCUCCUGUUUACUACAGCCUAUAUGUAGCUUUAAUUACACAGUUGUUUGGUAACAACUUGGACCCCGCUGCUCCCUCUCUUCCUCCCCCCCUCGCGCUCUCUUUUUUUUCUCCUCUCCCCUUCCUCCUUCCCUUUCCUCUUCUUGGCUCGGUUUAAAGAAAAACAAAAAGAAGAAGGAAUCAUUCAUAAGGAAUGAGUGGAGACUCCACGCGAUUGUUUUCCGGACUGGCGGAGGUUUCGGCGCGCGGAGCUUUGUGCCAGAGUCGCUGCAGAAAUGUGGGCUGGUAAUGUGUGGCAGCUGUAGCCUCUGGUAUGGACACCGGUGAUGGAGGAGGAGGGGAUGGAGGGGGAGGAGAGGAGAGAGAUGCUGACCUCAGUCCCCAGGCUCUAUCUUUUCCUCUCCUGACCCUGGCGGUCAUUCCUGAACAGGGGUCAUCCUCUCGUACCUCGGUUAUGGUCCCUGCCAAAGAGCCCCCGACCCUGUCUCGGCAAGGGGAGGUGGGCGCAGAGGGGUCCCAGGCUAGAGAGGGAGGUGAGCAUAAAGGAGGAGGUCGACAUACACAGGAAAACGCAGCCCAACUAAAGCAUGGGGCGACAGAGGACUUUGCAGAGGGAUGUCUGUCAGGGAAAAGGAAAGAAGAAGGAAAGGUGCAUGCAGGUGUGGGAGAGGCUUCAUGUGAAGGAGGCCUCCCGGCAGCUCUUGACAGCAGAAGUGGGGAGGAGGAGAAGGAAGAGGAGGAGGCCAUCUCAAACCAAAGUCAAACCAAAUCCAAAUGUUCUUUAUUACCUCAACAGAGCCAGUACGGCUCUUCUUCCAGCACUGCAAAGGCCAGUGGCACACUCGACAGCAAAACAGCCACCUCUCCAAAGCCCUCCCACCCUCCUUCCUCCUCUCCAAAGCCGUCUCCUUUCCCCCCCAUCUCUCCAAAGCACUUCAGUUGUCCGUCCUCCUCUUCUGCCCUGCUGAGUGAAACAGAGGUAAAAGACAUUAAGGGCGAUCAGGGCUGGAUUUCUGGGUUUCCUCAGAGCUUUAGAUCCCAGCAGUCUUCUAUGGCUUUUCCACUGGCAGGUAUGGAGCCUGCCAGUACACCUGCUGAGGAUGACGUGCUGACAGGGGUUCCUCAUUCUUCCAUUUCCAAUGGGAAAGGUGCCAAAGCUCCAGAACCAAAUGACAGCCAGCUAGAAACGGUGGUGGAUGACGAGAAAGACAAAGAAGGAGAACAGAAAGAAGCUGUCCUUAAAAACCUCAACCAAGACCUCUCUCCCAACUCACUGACUAGUCACAUGACCAUAAUGCACUCACGCAAUUCCUGCAAGACUCUUAAAUGCCCCAAGUGUAACUGGCACUACAAGUCUCAGCACACACUACAGGUUCACAUGAAGGAGAAACAUCCAGAGACGGGAGGUCAGUGUGUGUGCGGAGCCUCUGGGGGGAAGUGUGUGUGCGGUGGUGCAACACGAGGUGUGUGUGCAUACUGUAGCUCGGGAAAAGCCCAUCCUCGUUUGGCCCGAGGUGAAACCUACGCCUGUGGCUACAAGCCCUACCGCUGUGAGGUGUGUGACUAUGCUACGUCAUCAAAAGGCAACCUCAGCAUACACAUGCAGUCUGACAAACAUCUUAACAACGUUCAAAACGGGGGACACGCAAACGGCCACAUGCACACCUCUGGUGGCAUCAACAACAGCAGCUCCUCCAAUGGUCACGCAGCAGAGGAACAGCCAUACAACAAGCUCCCGCUUUCUAUUCCAGCACCCACUCCCCAGCCCACUAAGCUUGCACCACCCGUACACUCCCAUCCUCACGGCAAGCGGUGGCGAUGCGAUGUGUGCGACUAUGAGACCAGCAUUGCUCGCAACCUGCGCAUACACACCACCAGCGAGAAACACACACAUAACAUGCUACGGCUCCAGCAGGGUUACUAUUUGUCACAGUGCAGGAGUCUUGCCCCACAUCUUAAACACCUACAAAACACAGGUGCUGAGCUUUCCCUGAACAUGCGGCUGACCGGUCAACAGGUUCUUGAACAGCCGAUGACCCUUGGGUCAGCCCUAACUCCAUCCCCCUCCCCCUCUCCAUCUCCUCCUCCAGCCCCAUCUCUGUCCCCAGCAGGACCCCUCUCCCAGGGUGUAUUCCAAUGCCUCGUCUGCUCAUCUUUCUCCUCCGACAGCUUAGAGUCUGUAGAGCAGCAUUUGAAUGCUCCCCGCUCCUUGCCACAGUCUGAGUGGUGCUCCCUUGUAGCUGGUGGUUGUCACUGCAGACUAUGUGGUUACACCACCCCACUGAGGGCUAACUUCUCCUUGCACUGCCAGACUGAUAGACACCGCACCCGCUACCAGCUCGCUGCUCACCUCCAGGAGGGCGGAGACAGGGGUCAGGAAGGAGCCGCCCUCAUUGCUAAGGGAAACCCCGUUCAGCUGCGAUGCAACCUGUGUGACUUCGUGACCAGCAGCCCGGAGAAACUACAAGGGCAUUCCCUCACUUCACAGCAUGAGGCGAGCACCCGGGUUUACAGAUUUCUGCAGCAGUAUGAUGGUGAGGUUGAUGGAGGUUCGUGGCUGUUCCAUUGUCUUCUAUGCAACCACUCCUCCUCUUCUAAACUGCAAGUACUGAAACACAGCCAAACUUCAGCCCAUCAGCAGAGGGAAGGGCUGCUGCAGCUGCAACCAAUGGGUGGAGAGGAGCUGGCUGCCAUUUUCACCAUCAGAAAAAGCUCUGGUGACAUCAAAGGAGAGCUUAUUGGGGAUAUGGAGACUUCCAGCACUGAUCCUUUGGACACGACCAAAGACACGGGUAACUUGGAGGCAAAGAAGAUUUCUGAAGAAAUAGAAAAAACAAAGGAAGAGGACAGAAAAAAGAGUGAGUCCUUGUCCUCAGUCAAGCGUCCAUCCCCUGGAAGUGGGGAAAUGGAUAACUCCAUCGCAACCAAACGUUCAAGAACACACCAGCAAAAUGAGAACCAGCAGACUGUCCAGUGCCCCUUGUGCCAGGUUAAGCUCCCAAACACACACCUUCGACAACAUCUCACACAUGUGCACAGUGUGGCACAAGACUGUGUGGACAAGCUCAUCAGCGCAGUUACACCUUCUGUGGAACAACCCCAGCUUCUGCCGGAGUUACAACUACAGACAGAUUUGCUUCCUGAUGAUAUUCAGAAAAAGAAAACAACAAAGAAUAACAAUGCAAACACUUCCCAUUCUGCAGAUUCAACUGUCUCGAUUGAUUCACAGAAAAAUAAAGGUAUCUUAGGGGAGAACACUGAGGCAGACAUAGCCGCACCCAAAGAUGUCACAGCACUUCUCACCCCACCCCUCGAAGACAACACCAUUCACCCCUCCAAUGGCACACUGGCUCCUCAGUCCCCGGCUCAGACGCCCCCCUCUUCUCCGCCCGGCUCCCCACCCGGCGACCCCCCUCCCCUUUCUGAUCGUCAUGGUUACCGGUUUCGUUGCAGCAGGUGCAGCUUGGCAUUCCCCACUCAGGAGAAGCUCCAGUUGCACUGGCAGUACCAUGCCAUGAGGGCGGCGACAGAGUGUCCCCUUUGUUCUAGACAAUGCCGCAGUCAGGAGGCCCUGCAGAGACACAUGCAGAGCACGCACUCACAGCAGGACAACGCACAGGGACAGAAUACACCCAUGCCAUCUCAAACUGUGCAAUACACAGAGCAUAACACGAGUUCAGUUCAGCAAGAUUUUAGUUUAUCACCUCAAGUGGGUCAAGAGGCAGGAGAGGGUGAUGAUGACGAGAUAGAUGAAGAAGCGUCAGACAUGGAGGAGAAGGAGGAACAAAAAGAGGUUAAAAUGAAAGAAAGGGAAGCUGUUCCGGAAGUUGAAGAGGAUUUAACCGAGCUUGAGAAGGGGCCACAUGAAGAGACUGUAGCAGAACCUAGUUCAAGCACCGUUGUCAAAAAGAGCUCUAACCCUACGAUGGACCGCUACCUGGAUCCAUCCAGACCUUAUAAAUGCACCAUAUGCUCCGAAUCCUUUACGCAAAAAACAAUUCUUCUAGUUCAUUAUAAUUCUGUGUCCCAUCUCCACCGGGCCCGACGAGCCAUGCAAGACUCCGGGGGAAGUUCUGCAGCCCCAGAGGCGCCACGUGGACCAGAUCCUAGACCUUAUCGCUGUAGAUUAUGUGGAGUGGGUUACAGCCAGAGUUCUACUCUAGACAUACACCUUCGCUCUGUUCUUCAUCAGACUAGAGCUCGUGCUGCCCAGAACUCAGCUCAGCAGACCCUUGCGUCAACUUCAGCUGUACCAGCGUCCGUUCCCACUUCUGCUGCUCAGACUGCCACAGCCAGGGAUGAAACAUCCACGAAUUUGCCUGUUUCUAAGAAACUAGUUGGAGUAAGCUGUUCUGCCUCUUCAUUAGUAGGCUCUGGCUUAUUAGCUGAGACUCAGCCAUCCUUCUCUGACCCAACAGAUUCCCAACAGGCAAAAAAGAGAGUGGCAGAACUUCUAGCAUCCAGAAGUCAGCUAAUGCUAAUACAGCAACAGCAAUUAGCCCAGGCACAGGUGCAAGCUCAACUGCAACAGCAAACAGCACUGCUUCAGUCCCAGGUAAUUCAGCACCAUCACUUAGGACCGGAGAAUCUUCUUAAACAGCAUUUCUCACUGGCGCCAGAUAACUUGCUUUCUCUUCAACAGCAACUUCUUCUGCCAUUUUACUUGUCAGGAGAUGUAAAGCUCAAUUCAGAGUUAACUAUAAAAGGCUCAGAACUUGGUCACUUAUUGUCUUUUAACCCAAUUCCAAAGGAACAGGUGAAGGCAGAGGCUAAAGCAGAGACACUUUCAGAUGAAAAAGAAACCCAGAAACAAAAUUCUAAUUUACUUGUUACCCAACAAAGCGAUCAUUCACAAAGCGAAGACAAAGUUGUAGUUUGCAGUGGAUCCUCCAACCAGCAUAUUGAAAAAGAGCAUUGUGCUUUUAGUCCCGAGGAGCAACAAGAAAAUGUAAACAUUAGUACAGAAAAAGACAAAAGUACAAAAAAGGAUGAAGUUUCUUCUUCAUUUCGUCUUCUUGGAUUACAGUGUCCUCCUCCCAGAGUGCCAUAUGCUGCUGCAAAUGGAGAGCCUCUCAGAGCUCUGCUGCAGAGUUAUGGCUAUGAAUUGGCUCUGCAAUAUAUUCAAAGUAGACACAGACACCAGCAGCAGGUAGCUACUCCAAUAAUUCCAUCUGCCUUUUUGUGUAAGACAGAAGUGCUCUCAGAAAAAGAAAGAGAUGAAAUUUGUCAAUUACAGAAAGAAAUGUUAGAAGAUUGUAACAAUAAUAAAAAAGUAGAAGGCAAUGGAAACAUAAAAGAGAAAGAAGAUACUGAACAUGAGGCAUCAGGAAACAAAAAGAAAAAAUGCUGUGAGACAGGACAGAGGUGUGGAGACUGUGGCAAGUUUUUCUCAGAUGCUUUGAUUUUAAAAAGCCACCAGGAGUACAUUCACAGAGUGCUGUUUCCCACUGCUGCACUGGAAAAGUUUUCCAAGGAAUACAGACUGCAGUAUGAUCAAAUGUACCCUAUUACUGAGUCUAAAUCUGGAGAGAACUCAAGUGUUUCCAACCAAGCUUCCAAUGUAGCUCUAAUCCCAGGCACACUCACAGAGCCAGAAGCCACAUCAGAGUCAGUUAAGCCUCAGGUGAAAAAUCUUGAAUCCUCACCUAUACUGUCAGUAUCAGAUCCCACAAAUAAAGCAAAUGAUACAACUAAAGACCUGCAAACAGCUGCCUCAGUGGUUUCUUCUCCUUCUUCCCCUUCUCAACCACAAGAACCUCAACAACAAGAGUCACCUAUCCCAGGCACAUCUGCUACUUCUCAAACUACAACUCCUAUACCUCUAUCCUUACCUAAAAUACCUAUGCUCCCUUUGUCUUUGCCUCAGCUUCCCUUACCCCCGCUAACCAUACCGAAGCUUCCACUUCCACCAAUUCCUUUUCCCAUGGAGUUGCCACUUCUCUCUCCAGUUGUGAUGCAGUCAAUGGCUCUUCAGACUCAGCCUUGGCUAGAUUCAAGUUUGAACCCUGAGCUGGCAAAACUCUACCAGUCUCAGCUUAACCCAGCACUACUUGGACAACAGUCACAGCUUAGUCCAGCUUUGCUUGCUCAGCAACCACAGCCCAGCCCAGUUUUGUCAGGUCAUCAACCACAUCUCAAUCCUGCUUUGCUGAGUCAACCAUCCCAACCCAUGCAAACAGGACAGCAAGGUCAAAUCAGCCCAACCACACCUGAACAACAGCAAAGUAAAAGAACUCGAACAAGAAUCUCUGAAGAGCAGCUGUCUGUUCUAAAAAAACACUUUGAUAUAAAUAGUCUUCCGAGCGAUGAAGAGAUCACCAAGAUGUCUGCUAUGUCUGGGCUGCCUCAGAAAGUAAUUAAACACUGGUUUCGCAACACGCUAUUUAAAGAGCGCCAACGUGACAAGGAUUCUCCUUACAAUUUUAAUAAUCCCCCAACCACAGCCCUGGAUGAGUCCAGGGAUGAUGUAACAAAAAAACAGUGUUUGUCACUUUCCCCCUGUUCACUGUCUCCAGGCCUGUCUGCCAACACCUCCUCACAACCACAGCCAACAGGGGAGCACCACAGGGGCAGACGAUCUUCUCGAACCCGUUUCACAGAGCAACAGCUUGAGACUCUGCAGGGGGUUUUUGAGGCCACGCCAUACCCCAGAGAGGAAGAAUAUGACAGGUUGUCUGCUCUGUUGUCUCUUCCUAAUAGAGUCAUUGUUGUAUGGUUCCAAAAUGCCAGACAGAGAGCCCGCAAAAAUCAAGACAGGGGUGCAGAGGACGGAUCAGAGGGGAAGAACCAACCUGACAACAUCGCCAGACAGAAAAAUGGCUCUUAUAAAACUGAUAAUGAUAAUCAAGAUAACAGCUUUGAGGAUGAAGGACAAGGUGACUCUCAGAAUGAAAACUCAAUGGAUUUGACUUAUGAGUAUUACACUCACCCUGAUUCACCUGCCCUUGAUUCUUCCACCUAUUACUCAGAAAAUGAGCUUCUAACAACCAAAAGUGAACAAACAUCUACUGCGAGGAAACAGGAAGCAAUAAUAACCUCUCAUCAGGCUACUGUGAGUCCAGCUACUGCCCAUACUCAAAGCAAAAAUUUAGAUGAAGACAUCCAUCAGAAAGAAAAUGCUCAGCCUAUUAAAACAGGACCUGGUUUGCAACCUGAAAGUCCUCCAGAAACACUUCAAACCCUUGCUGCUUCCUCAUCACAAAAAACAACAUCCCCCAUAUUGUCUGUGUCUCAUUCAGAUCAAGAAAAUUUACACAGUCUAGACUGUGAACCUUGUGAAAAGGUUGCUGAUCCAUUACCAAGCUCACCCUCUCCUCCAGAGUUGGAAACAGUGCACUCUGGGAUGCCCGAUGCUUCUGCUUGCCUCUCCAAUGAAACCCAGCAACAGCUCAAAGUCCAGGCUCAGUUCCAGUGUAGUCUCUGCCCAGCAUCCCUGCCAUCAUUCCAGCUAUGGCAGGAACAUCAAACCAGACACCUUCUAGCUGCUCAGUCCCAGGUACAACUCUUUCAUUCGGGAUUCACAGAUCGACCCUUGCCUUACAUGAUGCUUCAUCCGAACCCCACAUUAAUGGCCAGCCAACUGCUUUCAGGGGCUAUGUCUCAGAUUCCCCCUAAUCCCACACAUCCCAUGAUUUCACACUUGACCAGCAUGCAAAUGAAAAGCACAUUCUCAGAUCACUCAAACAGCACUCUUAACAACUCUCUAACACCCAUGAAACAGAGUACAAAACAUGCACCAGAGACUAGUUUUGAAGGCCAAAGGAGCAACAGGGAGGUUGAAGAGGAGCAUAGAAGGGAUAAACGUCAAAGAACUACCAUCACCCCCGAACAGCUCGAAGUGUUGUACCAGCGCUAUAGUUUGGAUUCUAAUCCCACCAGAGGAGUUCUUGAAAGCAUUGCACGAGAUGUGGGCCUCACAAGACGUGUGGUUCAGGUAUGGUUCCAGAAUACACGAGCAAGAGAGCGAAAAGGACAGUUUCGGUCAGUAGGACCAGGAACCAGUUUCACCUUGGGCUUGAAUCACCUCCGCUGCCCAUUCUGCAGGGCGCUGUUCAAAGUAAAGAGUGCACUUGAUGCCCAUAUAAGAUCACGGCACUGGGCAGAGGCUGAAAGAGCAGGCUACAACCUAUCAGUUGUUAAUGGAUCCAAUGGACAAAACAUGAUGAUGACACCAUCUGUUAUGGACCGGCCAGGUCCAUCCAUCUCCUCUAACUCGAUCUCAAACCUUGGCUAUGACCUCACCAACAAAGAAUUAACUGUGAAGCCUCCAGUAACUUACUUGUCUUCAUCAACAAGUUUAAAGAAUUCAGAAGAUGAUUAUGAAUAUGAGGAAGAAGACGAGGACUACUCAUACGAGGAGAGUUCCAGUAUUGCUGACCAUGGAUCACCUAGUCCUGAAGUAUCUGGGGAUCAAAGCUCAGAUUGGAAUGAGUCACAAACACAGCAGCAGCAGCAUCACCACCAACAGCAGCGUCAAAGGACACAGAUGAGCCACUUCCAGGUACUCCAGCUCAAAGACUUCUACAGGAGCCACCGCACACCCAACCGCCUUGAGUGUGAGACACUGGGCCAGGAGUUGGGACUGCCUUCCCGUGUGGUACAGGUGUGGUUCCAGAAUGCCAGAGCUAAAGAGAAGAGGGCCAGGAGUCUGACCACCGACUCUGCAGAAAGGGAGCAGGCUGAUCUGUCAGCAGGCGCAGUGGAGAGAGACAGAGCUUAGAAAGGCAGACUGCUUCCUUCAAAUACACUCCAACCAAAAUUCUUCCUCCAACUGUUGUCCAUGCCCACACAUACCCUGCCUACUUGCUGCCAAACCAAUAACCUGAACACCCCAAAGAUGCAGAGCCAGAGUGGCCCAAAGAGAAACUCUCUCAACUAUUAAGGGAGAGCUGAAACCAAGUUCUCAUUAGCACAGCUUUCCUCUUUUCAUAAUGUUCUUAAACUCUUUUACGGUCUGUCCUUUCUUGUUGAAACAAGCUCCUCUCCCUAUUCCUUCAAACACUUUAAUAAACCAAACACCAACUUGAUAAAAAAAAACAUGCCACAGAGGCCAAAGAGCAUUCUCCAAGUAUGUGACCUCACUGCCCAGCUAGACCUGCAGUCUACCUCUCAAGUCUGCAUGACAGACUUACAGUGGGCCCUCCACCAGACAGUGCUAGAUAACUAGCUGUGUAGCAUGUAGUCCUAGUCUGUACAAGGCUGGAAAAUAAACUUUCAAAGAGAUUUUAGUGUAAAUAGAAAACUCCAAAAAAAAAAAACUUGAAGAAAAAACAAAGCAGUUAAGAAUGGGAGAAGAUGAAGAAAAAAAACUGAAUAAUAUCCUUGAAAUACAUAAGGGUAUUUGCAUAGAGCUUUUGUAAAGACUGUCUCAGAUUCCAAAGCUCAUAACCAAAAUUUUACAUGUCUGUUGAUUUAGUUUGAACGUGUUUGUUUUCAACGACAAACUGCAGAGCGGACGUCUGUAUGGUGAAGGGGUGAGAUUUACAGCUGAGUACCAAUAGACUGUUGUGGUGCUAGAAGGCUGCUUCGCCCCCCCAAAAGCCAAUGAUGAGUCUUCUGUUGUACAUGUACUCCUUGUAUGUUCAUUUAGUAAAAAAAAACAGCCCAAAUAGCACAGUACAUAAAAGGCCAGUUUGUCCUGAAUGGGGUAAACUAUUUUUAUAGCACUCAACCAUUAUACUGUAUAUGGAAACUCUAACCAAACUCAAAUUUACAUUGUGUGUGUUUAGUAAUAGUUUAUUAUAAAUCUUAUGGAUCGACAUAAACUGUCUUGCUUCAAUAUAGUAGUGUCAUGAUAUUGAAAAGAUUAUGACAGCUUUCCUAUGUUCAGGCAAGAUGACUUACUGCCUUUCCAUUCUAUUUGAAUAUACCAAUGGCUUACCAAUGUAUGUGAGUAAUGUAAAAGCUUUUUAUGCUCAGAUCAAUGUGGCUCCAUUUCAGAUGUGAUCAAACCACUACACUUGUCUGUUUUUUAAACAAGCGAGGCCUAGUUAAAAACUGAACUAAGCUUUACAUAAAACCUACACAAAAUUCUGUAUUUGAAAGAUCUGAGCUUUUCACAUUUGAGUGAUUGAUUGUUACAAAAAAAUUAAAACUAAAGUGUUUAAUAGUGUGAGGGGUAAAUGUACAGUAUUUAGCUUUUGUAUGGUUGACUCGAGACUUCAUUGGAUGUUUGACACAUAGCUCUUUUCUUCACAUAUACUGAGCUUCUCAGCAAAGUUGAAGAAAACUUUGGAUGUCAUCAAUGUUAUUUUUGUACACUUAAUUUAUUGUCCCUCCUCCCUUGUCUUAUUUUCACUUUUUCUCUUUACAAUUCUUUCUCUGUUCAUUUAUUACCAGUUCUUAUUCUACCUGUAAUAAUAAUAAUAUAACAAUAAUAGCUAAACAAUAAUUAAUGCUUUAAGACAAAAAUCCAAAGACGUGAUAAUACUUUAACCAUAUGACUUACAAAAAUAAGCGCUACUGUUUACUUGAUGAUGUGAUACUGUUUUUAAAGAAGGAAGGAGUCCCUGUAUCUAAGCUACUGUUUUCUGCCUCUCAUAAGCACACUGGAGACUGUAACCAAAACCCCAAACUAGAGCCAUGGCAGUCUGUAAUAUAGCGGUUGAAGAGUUUUACUUCUCUUGAAAAAAAAGUUUCAGUUUAUUUUUCUUUUAUACCAUAGUGUUAAACUUCAAGCCCUUAAGGAUGUCCAGUUUGCUGCUAAUGUACUGUAGUUUCUAAUGAUAUUGUAGAAAGAUGCAUGCUCUGAUCGCUUUACCACUAGGCUUUAAUGACUACAAACUGUAAUGAUACCUGUGAUGCUGUUGAUGAACUGCUCCUCUGUUAUUCUGUUCGAAAACUAAUGGAUAUGUGGGGCUCAAUUCCAACAAGUUUGUUUUUCAGUAUCCUAUAAUACACCUUUACUCAGAAGAAAGAAAUGUUUUGAAGCUUCCAGAUUUUAGAGAGCAUUAUUUUGGGAUUAAUUUUGCAAAUUCACGUGAAGAUACUGCAUAGAUAUUUGAAGGAGUUAAGCCCCAAACCUUCCACUGGUAUGGUGUCCAUCUGUGUUGCAGUGUCUCUAGUCAGGAAUCCAGCUAAAACAACUUUGCUGACUCUUACUGACAUCACAGCCAAGCUUCCAAAGGAUGUGGACUGACUAACUCUGUCACGUUUUGUUCUUUAACCAACCAAUGUUUACGACAAUACCAAUGAGCUUUCUUCUGUACAGAAAUGUGCAUUCCAAAUACCACAAAGGCAGUUUCUGUUUUCUACACUGAUAAUUUCAAAGUUAAUUUCUCUCUUGAUCUUAGUGACUGUAAGAUGUACAUAUUGGAGUCCUUUUAUGGUGAAAAGACUCUCUUAUCCUUACUGUAGGUAAAACGGUUCUUUUAAAAUUUUUUUUCUGGAUAUGUUGUUGCCAUAGUGAUGACCAAAAAGAUAAUUGUGAUGUGCACCUGUCCUUAUGUCCUGCUCCAGUGGUUUAGUGUGUCUCUAUACUCUUCCUAUCCCAGAUUUUCCCUGUCGUUAUGUGUUCCUCCUCCUUUCCCUCCCCAAAUUCCACUGAGCUAAAUAAAGUCUGCUUUGGUGCA